ACCAUGGCCCCAACCCUGCCCUGGCUCCUGCUGUGGGUGGGCUCAGGGGUGCUGCCUGCUCAUGGCACCCAGCUUGGCAUCCGGCUGCCCCUGCGCAGCGGCCUGGCAGGGGCCCCCCUGGGGCUGCGGCUGCCCCGGGAGACCUACGAGAAACCAGAGGAGCCUGGCCGGAGGGGCAGUUUUGUGGAGAUGGUGGACAACCUGAGGGGCAAGUCGGGCCAGGGCUACUAUGUGGAGAUGACAGUGGGAAGCCCCCCACAAACGCUCAACAUCCUGGUGGACACAGGCAGCAGCAACUUUGCUGUGGGGGCUGCCCCCCACCCUUUCCUGCAUCGAUACUACCAAAGGCAGCUGUCCAGCACAUACCGGGACCUCCGGAAGGGCGUUUAUGUGCCCUACACCCAGGGCAAGUGGGAGGGAGAGCUGGGUACCGACCUGGUGAGCAUCCCUCACGGCCCCAACGUCACUGUCCGUGCCAACAUUGCUGCCAUCACUGAAUCAGACAAGUUCUUCAUCAAUGGCUCCAACUGGGAGGGCAUCCUGGGGCUGGCCUAUGCGGAGAUCGCCAGGCUCUGUGGCACUGGCUUCCCCCUCAACCAGUCUGAAGUGCUGGCCUCAGUUGGAGGGAGCAUGAUCAUUGGGGGUAUUGACCACUCACUGUACACGGGCAGUCUCUGGUACACUCCCAUCCGGCGGGAGUGGUAUUAUGAGGUGAUCAUUGUGCGGGUGGAAAUCAAUGGACAAGAUCUGAAAAUGGACUGCAAGGAGUACAACUAUGAUAAGAGCAUCGUGGACAGUGGCACCACCAACCUUCGUCUGCCAAAGAAAGUAUUUGAAGCUGCAGUCAAAUCCAUCAAAGCUGCCUCCUCGACAGAGAAGUUUCCAGAUGGGUUUUGGCUAGGGGAGCAACUGGUAUGCUGGCAAGCAGGCACCACCCCUUGGAACAUUUUCCCCGUCAUCUCACUCUACCUGAUGGGUGAAGUCACCAAUCAGUCCUUCCGCAUCACCAUCCUUCCACAGCAAUACCUGCGGCCGGUGGAAGACGUGGCCACGUCCCAGGACGACUGUUAUAAGUUUGCCAUCUCACAGUCAUCCACCGGCACUGUUAUGGGAGCAGUAAUCAUGGAGGGCUUCUACGUUGUAUUUGAUCGGGCCCGGAAACGAAUUGGCUUUGCUGUCAGCGCUUGCCAUGUGCACGAUGAGUUCAGGACGGCAGCGGUGGAAGGACCUUUUGUCACACCAGACAUGGAAGACUGUGGUUACAACAUUCCACAGACAGAUGAAUCAACCCUCAUGACCAUAGCCUAUGUCAUGGCUGCCAUCUGCGCCCUCUUCAUGCUGCCACUCUGCCUCAUGGUGUGUCAGUGGCGCUGCCUCCGCUGCCUGCGCCAUCAGCAUGAUGACUUUGCUGAUGACAUCUCCCUGCUAAAGUGAGGAGGCCCGUGGGUGAAGACAGAUUUCCCUGGACCACAUUUUGGUCACAAGUCGGGAGACUCAGAUGGCACCUUUGGCCAGAGCACCUCAGGACCCUCACCCACCCACCAAAUGUCUCUGCCUUGGCAGAAAAAGAAGGAAAAGCUGUCAAGGUGGGUUACAGGGCUUGCACUGGUAGAAAACAAGAGGGAAGAAAGAAGCACUCUGGUGGCAGGAAUACCCUUGAUCACCUUAAACUCGAGAUGGGAAAUUCUGCUGCUUGAAACUUACUUCAGCCCUGAACCUUUGUCCACCAUCCCUUUAGAUUAUCCAACCCAAAGUAUUCUUUCCUUAUUUCCAGAAGUCCUGGCAUUAUACCCAGGUUACCCCAGCAUGUGUCUCUGUGGUACCCUGGCAGAGAAAGGGCCAAUCUCAUUCCCUGCUGGCCAAAGUCAGCAGGAGAAGAUGCACAGUUUGCUAUUGCUUUAGAGAUAGGGACUGUAGAAACAAGCCUAACACUGGUGCAAAGACUGCCUCUUGAAUUAAACAAAAAACAAUUAGAUGGAAUAUUUGUACAAAUGAGGAGUGGUCAGAAAGAGGAGAAGGAGGGGGGGUACAGCAGUUGGGAUCACAGCUAGGAAAGGCAGAGAUACAACCACUCGCCAGUCCCAGUUUUAGACCUCAUCUCCAAGACAGAAGCCCAUCUCCUGAGUCGGAUGUCAUUUCUCAAUGUUUCUGUGGUCACAGCCUGACCAAAAAGUGAGAUGGGAAGAAGGGCUUAUCUAGCCAAAGAGCUCUUUUUAAAGCUCUCUUGAUUAAAAAGUGCCCAUGAAGAAGUUCCACUUAACAAAAUAAUUUCUACCUUAAUUCCACUUGUCUCUUCCUGACCCCUUUCCUCUAUGUAUGAUAGGUGGUAGUGAAACACCCCAAACCCCAAAGCCCCAGGUGCCCUAGGGGAGAGGAACUGGAGUUUAACAAGGCUGGGCAUUAUCUUCCUGGUCACAGGUUCACUCCCUCCCCAAGGCCCCUAUUGCUCUGGAGCUUUGCAGCAGAGGUGCUAAAAGGAACAGAGAGAAGGCCUCUCCUAUCUAAUCCUUAAAAGCAGAAUCCUGAAGAUUCAUUCAACAGGUAUAGGAGUGAUGCCUUAUACCUCUGCCCAGAUUUCUUCCUGUUUAGCUGUAAGAAGUGGUAAGAUCAUUAGAUUAAUACUGAGUGGUUUUAUUGUUUUCUUUGCUUCUCUAAUGGCCCCUCUACUUAUUUGGCUAAGACUUCACACACUGGCUAGUAUUAUACUAUGACUGUCAGCAAUCGAGGGCUUUCUGGCUCUAAGCCACUGCCUUCGAUGUCAAGGCUGCUUGAAGAAAGGAUGGAAGCCUCAGGCUUCCUUAUUUUCUUCACCACUUUUCCUGUGUUGGAGGCUGUCCUUUCUCCUAUCCUGCUUUCUGCUCCCCACUCCCAUGGGUACCCAGGCUGGUUCUUGGGUUAGGCAGUGGGGACCAAGUUCAUUUUCUCCCUAUCAGUUCUAACACACUAGACUAUGAUACCAGUGUUAGUGGGAAGAGCUGAGUUUUCCCAGUAUACCCACUGCAUCCUAUCCAGUCUACACACUGCUGCCAGGCAGGGUACCUAGCAAGUAGAGAAUUAUUUGAUGAGGGAGAGGGAAAUAUAAGGAGGGCCUCUGGAGUUGCUGGCCUCUGCCAGUUGUCCACAAGCCAUAAACCAAUAAAACAAGAAUACUGAGUCACAGUUUUUUUAUCUGGGUUCUCUUCACUCCCACUGCACUUGGUGCUGCUUUGGCUGACUGGGAACGUUCCACACCUAUAACGACUUGACAGGAAGACUGGAGACUGUCCACUUCCAGCUCAGAACUUACUGUGUAAAUAAACUUCUAGAACUGCUACCA